UGGGUCUGGGAUUAGCCACAAGAUAAACUUAGGGGACGCAACCUUUAACUCUUCCACCUUACAUUUGCUUGACUCCGCAUUUAAACCUUUGUUGAUCAAGGACUUCAACAUGUAUAGCAACGAGCAUACAGAACAGCGUCGUGUCAGAUCAGUAGUUUCAAGCGUUGGAGGACGCACUGCACAAAGGAGAUCGGGUGCUAUUAACACUAACUCACGCUUGUUCAUGACUGCUGUAAAAGACGCUAGCAGAAGUGCACGUAACGAAGCGAAUGGGGAAAGACCAGACGAAUAUCUGUCAAAAGCCCAACUUGCAAAACGCCCAUAUAGUCCAACAAGCGAUUUUCGAAUAGAUGAUGAUCGCUUUCAAAACAAAACACGGAAAAUUGAAAAUGAUUCUGGUGCUGAGCAGUUCCGCUCUUUUGAAAGUAAUGACUAUAACAUGCAAACAGAAAAUAAGCCAAGAAAUUAUCGGCAUUCUUCUGAGCAAACUCAUGAUCGAGUAAGCCCUCCUCGUAAUAGCGGGGGCAAUCACAUAAAUAGAUAUUCUCCAGAACGGCAGAUAGAUCGAGUAAAUGUUGUUCGUAUGUCUCCAGACCUCCCACCACCAGAUCUUAUGUAUGACACACCGCCAAGAAAUGAGCGAGUCAAUGAGCGGCGUCCUUCAGAACCACAGUAUUUUCCUUCACCUCAAUUUGGCUUUGAGCACCCACGGCCUCUUGCACAACCGCGUAGCGUAUUAGACCGUUUGGGAAAGAAAGGAGGGAUGACUACUGCUUAUAUUAAUCCUGCAUUUUUUCAUAAUCCUCCGGCUCCAAUUCCAGAUAUUGAUAUGAUGUCCCCGCAAAAUACUACGGAUAGCAUUGUUCUUGGGCCUAAAAUAUCGCGUUGUCGUCAUUGGCCUAACUGUGAUUUAGGGCCAGCAUGCAAAUUCCAUCAUCCAACUGAAAUUUGCAGGCAAUUUCCCAAUUGUCCGAAUUCCGAUAGAACAUGCUUAUAUAUUCAUCCAGCUACUGAUGUAUUCGACUCAUAUCCAAGAAAUCCAUUUGGAGCAAAUUCAAUCACACAAACCUCACGACAACAAACAAUGCGGAGAAAUAUAGCGCCUACACAAUCUGCAGGAUUCGUUUCUUCAGAAAAAAACUCGAAUAUACUGAAUGAAAAUCCAACAAAACAAAAUGGCACCACUAACGGGGAACCAACUACGACAGCCGCCCCUGCUAUUUUAUGCAAGUUUGGUGAAGCUUGCGCGAAACCGAUUUGUAUGUUUGCUCAUGCCAGUCCUGCAUCUAUUGGAACUGGAACUGCCCCGUCCGUGCUAAUCGAAACACCAUGCAAAUAUGACACAGAGUGCACAAACCCAAAAUGUAAAUUUGCGCAUUCAAGUCCAGCUGCUGCGAUAGCAACUCAAGAGCCUUGCAGAUACUAUCCCAAUUGUCAGAAUCAAAAUUGCCCGUACCUUCAUACCGAUUAUGGAGACGAAUCAAAAGUUCCAACUCCUUGCUGGAAAGGUGCUGCUUGUACUCGUCCAGAUUGUUAUUUCUUGCACCCGUGGGAUAUGGAUACCUCUAACAUAACAUGCAAAUUCGGCGUGCUAUGCCGAAGACCUGAUUGCAAAUUCCAACAUCCUAAUGGCAAAUCUAAAAGCGAGUUUGGAAGCGUUAUUUCCGAGCAUUCAUUUACUGUUGAUGAAGAUGAUGUAGAAGAUGCUGCUGAGGAAACAGGAACAGUAGAUGAUAAAGAAAACACAUCUGAGAUCAAAGAAGCGAAAGCAACAAAGGAAGAAAAGAAUGAUAAGACCGAGAAUGAAGUGCCGACGCAAAAUGAGCUAGCAGGAGAAAAAGGGACGGAGAAUGGCCAAACAACCAAAAAUAAUGAGGUAGAGAAAAAAGCUGAAACUGAAAAAAAUGGUAGACGCGAUGAUGAGUUUCUGUGGGAAGAUCUAAGUGAUAUUAUUAUCAAUGAUGCUGAUCAUUUGGGUGAUAUUCCAGAUUACAUGAUUGAUCUCUAA